ACGCUCCCUUUUCAUCAACUGCCCUUUGUGCACUAAUUUAAAUUCCCGCUGACUCUUUAUAUCACUAGACAACUAUAUUCCAACAUUCGUAUUUAUCACACAAGCGUUUAGAAUUUGUUCACUAAAUAAAGUGUAACGACGACACAGCAUGUUUAAUUAAUAUUUAUAUCAGAGGUCAUUUAUGCUACGCACACGUUCAUAUGCUCUAAUCCAGUGCAGUCAUACUCAGACCGUUUUUUUGGAAAUGUCCUUCAUAGUCGCUUCCUCCUAUAAGUCCAAUUCGCUCACACCCCUUGUAAGGAUUAUGUUUCUUUCGUUUUCAUUUCCCGGAAGGGUUGAAUGAUAAAAUACUGGAGUUUUACUUCUUCUGACGCUAUAUUAAGCGUUCUUCCUGUAAUAUGGAGCUCUGGGAGGUUAAACCUUAAGUUUGUGUUGCUUUUUCUGGACGGACUGUAUGUCGGUGUAUAAGGAAAUUACCCUUUUUUUUCGUGUAACCGACCAAAUAAAGGACACUUCCAUGGAAAACUCUUCGUCACCUUUGGUAAAGCAAGAAGACAAAGAAAACAGUCAUGCAGCUGUAAUGCAUGUUGGGCAAGUCAGCUUGCCACCCACUUUGCAUCGUUCUGCCCAGGAGCAGCUCCCCCUGGUCAGUCCUCCCACUCAGGAAGACCUGUGGCAUCUACCUGGACAGCUGCGUAUAAACCCGUCUCUUUGGGAUAAGGAGGAUGUUGCUCACUGGCUCCACUGGGCUCAAAAGGAAUAUUCACUGCGACGGCCUGAAAAGGGACGCUUUGAGAUGAAUGGUCGAGCCCUCUGUCUGCUCACCAAGGAAGACUUCAGACGUCGCUGUCCCAGCUCAGGUGAUGUUUUGUAUGAGAUCUUACAAUGUGUAAAACAGCAAAGGAGGAACGUUGUCUGUGGUGCUCCUGACCUGUCUCCCUCCCUGGCAACUGGACACAGCUGCCAAAUGGCACAUCAAUGUGUACAAGAGCCCCAGCCUCCUACUGUUAAUGUCACACCAGUUUCCCCCGCUUUCACAACUGCAGUGUCUGCAGCUGUCGUAGCUGCUGUGAACAGCCAGACAGAGCACAUGUCACCCCUCAGAGAUCAUCCCAUAAUCUUUUACCCUGCUCCACUCACACAAAGUAGUAAGCAGAAAAAGUGGAAAUAUUUGAAAUCCCCUGUCUCUAAACUGCCCCAUAACCAAGUACAGCGUCCUGCACAAACACAGAGCAUCACCCAUGAGCCGCUCAACUUGUCAAGUCGAGAGAGGUCAAGAAGCCCAAUGCACAAAGCCAACGGCCGCAUCCCAGAGUGCAGACUGCUGUGGGACUACGUGUACCAGCUGCUGUGUGAUGACCGGUACCAAGAAUACAUCCGAUGGGAAAACAAGGACAGUCUGGUGUUCAGGGUGGUCGAUCCCAAUGGACUGGCACGUCUCUGGGGCAACCACAAGAAUCGAGACAAUAUGACAUAUGAGAAAAUGUCCCGCGCUUUACGUCACUACUACAAGCUGAACAUCAUCAAAAAGGAGCGAGGACAAAAACUCCUCUUCAGGUUUCUGAAACUACCACAAAACACAAAGAAACCAAAAGCUGACCCUGUUGACUUGUCAGAAUCCACCCCAUCUCAGAAUGGGGACUUUUGGGACAGCAGUCCAACACAUGAAUUCAGUGAAGACCAUUUUGAGGUUUCCCCUGAUCAUGCUUCUCCACAGCCUCUUCCAUAAACAUUAAAACGGCGUUAGAUGCCCCCUGCAUAAAUAUUGUUUCAUGUGUGUUUGGAGCUUCAGAAAUAACCCAGGUUUAAUCAAAUCCAUUGUCAGGUGUAUGUAAAGGAAUUUUGCACUUUGAAUUUGCUUUUCAGUUUGUUGUAAAUGAAUGUAUGUAUCUAUAUAAUCAGAAGGAACACUAAUAUAAUGGAAAAACACCUCUACAAAUUGCAUCAGGUGUCCAACAGCAGAAUAAUCAACAAAACUUUAAUUUCUCAGGCUUGCUUAACAUAAUUGCAAUACAAAAGAUGCACUGGUUGUUCUGUAAACUGUACUGUAGAAUAGGUCCUGCAGAGGAAACUGUUAGUUAGUUUUGUGAAAUGUAUUGUUGUGGGUUUGAAGCCAGUUUGUACAAGUUCUAGAUGUUUAAUUUUAUUCAGAUUUGCUAAAGCGUCUGGGUUGAUGUGUUUCUGCUUUGUAAAGUAAACAUUGUGAAUGGCAGAUAUAGCCCGUUUUGUGUUAUUUGAAAUGUCAGAUAAAGUGUUGAACAAUUUA